GUGCAGAUUUCGAAUAAGAUUUCCAUGACUACCAAGAAAAAUGUUUGUUUAGAGUUCAGAUUGGUUUUGUCCAUUAACUGUACCGUUCUAUUUUUCUAGACAAAUUUAUUAUAAAAAUUAAUGUUUCCUGCUCCGGAGAAACGACGCCAGUUGCGUCAGACGGCUCUGGCUCGAGAUGUGGAGGCGGUCCGGCAACAGGACAACUACCUGAAGGAUAUGCGACAGAUUGAGCGGAACAGUGAGCUUUGUUUGCUCCGGAGGCAACAGUCGGUCGAAUGCGAACAACAUCGGCAGCAAUCGGACCGGUUGGCCGACGAAGAACGGGAAGCGGCCCGGCAGCGGAAAAUACAGGAAGAGCAAGACUUGGCCAUGCAACUUCACGAAGCCAACCGAAGGCGUAUUCGUGAGGAAAAGUUGCGCCAACAGCUUCGCGAAUCCAACCAGGAGCUACGGGAGCUGGAAUCGAAACUGCGAGCCGCCUACGUGGCCAAAGGAAUAGCCGCCCAGAAGGCUGAACAGGACGCCAAACGCCUCGAGGAGAAAUUGGCAGCACAACGGGAGCAGGAGGAAUUAGAAGAACAAAGACUGAAGAAUCUUGAAUACUUACGCCAAUGUGAAGAGGCCGAAUGGCAACGAAAAAUCAAGCUUCGAGAAAAUUUGCACGCCCAAAUGGAAGCCGUGGAACAGCAGAAAAAGAUUCUGUACCAGGAGUUCCUCAAGGAGAAGGUUUACCUGGACGAAAUUUGUAAACGCAUUGCGGAAGAAAGGUUUCAGGAAAUUCAAAAAAGGAUGGAACAACAGGAACGUACUCGUAAGGAAAUGGAAUUCUUCCGGGAGGCUAAGCAACUUUGGCAAGAUCGCCAGAAGCUUGCAAUGGCCGAAGAAAACGAAAGGAUCAAACAAUAUUUGGAACAGAGGGAAGAAGCGGAAAAAGUACAACAGCGAAUCAAAUUUGAAGAGUCGAGAUCCAGGGAACGGCUUAAUGAUAAAAUGGUUGCUGAACUUCAAGAACAAUUUGACCAAGCUCGUAAACGAGAAGAUCUUUUGAUCGAUCUGUACGCGGCCGAGCAGGACGAACGCCAGGAGGAGCGCAUUCGGCGGGAUCUAGAACAGCAGUUGCGUCGACGGAUCGAGGCACGUCUCGGCAUAGAACGUCAGAUGGUGGAUCUCGAGUGUCGUCGACAGCGGGAAGCCGAAGAAGAACGGAUAUUCAAAGAAAAUCAGCUAAAAGCGUGGGCCGAACGUGAUCGGCUGGAGCAGUUAUCGAACGAGAAACGCCGGCUGAAACUAACCGAGCACCGUCGAGCAAUCCAGGAAAUGAUGGAAGAUCGGCGACGUCAGCGUGCCGAUCAGGUCAAGGAACAAGUGCUGAUGCAGAAACAGUUCGAACAGGACGAGCAACGUCGGCAGGAGAUUAUCGAAGAGGAGCGUAUCAAGCUGCUGAAGGAACAUGCGACGGCUUUGCUCGGGUUCUUGCCACCCGGUGUGCUGCGGGAAAGUGAUCGGGAGCACAUUCCACUACCGAAACCAAGGACAAAAAAGUAACCGGCUAAAAUAAAUCCUUCUGAC